AUGGCCGCACUCCUCUCGUCCUCGUCCUCAUCCUCGGCAGGGGCCGCGGGCGAAGGCGCCUCGAUCAACGACAUCCCCAAGACCUGGAACUUCACCUCGAAGCUGCCCGCCGACGCCCGCUACCCCACGCCCGCCGACUCCCACAAGACGCCGCGCGACGACAUCGGGCCCCGCCAGGUCCGCGAUGCCAUCUUCACAUGGGUCCGCCCCCAGCCCGUCGAGUCCCCCGAGCUCCUCGCCGUGAGCCCCGCGGCCAUGCGCGACCUGGGCAUCCGCCGCGGCGAUGAGAAGACGGACGACUUUGUGCAGACCGUCGCCGGCAACAAGAUCCAGGGCUGGGACGAGGACAAGCAGACCGGCGGCUACCCGUGGGCGCAGUGCUACGGCGGCUUCCAGUUCGGCUCGUGGGCCGGCCAGCUCGGCGACGGCCGCGCAAUCUCCGUGUUUGAAACGACGAGACCAGCACAACAAUCGCCAGCUACAAACGGAGCCUCCUCGUCAGUCUCCGAACAAACAAGCCCCGGCAACGGCGAAGACGUCGACAAACUCUCCCUGCGAGCCCCGCCCGGCGCCCCCGUGCGGUACGAGCUGCAGCUCAAGGGCGCCGGGAUGACGCCCUACAGCCGCUUCGCCGACGGCAAGGCCGUCCUGCGCAGCAGCAUCCGCGAGUUCGUCGUCAGCGAGUACCUGCACGCCCUGGGCAUACCGUCGACGCGCGCCCUCAGCCUGACCCUGCUGCCCAAGGUCAAAGUGCGCCGCGAGACGCUCGAGCCCGGCGCCAUUUCGUGGAUGCGCAUCGGCAACUUUGACAUCCUGCGGGCGAGGGGCGACCGCGACCUGAUCCGCAAGCUGGCGACGUAUCUUGCUGAAGAUGUGCUCGGUGGCUGGGAGGCCCUGUCGAGUCGGUUGGACGAUCCCGAGAAAGCCACCGAGACUGCUUAUACGGCCAAGCGCGGUGUCGCCAGGGAUGCCUUGGAAGGCCCAGAAGGGUUGGAGGAGAACAGGUUCGCCCGGCUAUACCGCGAGGUCGUGCGGCGCAAUGCGGUGACGGUGGCCAAGUGGCAGGCCUACGGGUUCAUGAAUGGCGUUCUCAACACGGACAACACGUCACUGUUUGGCCAUAAUAGCUUGAACCAGCUUUGUCCGAGGGAAGACCCUAGAACACGAGAACGCGCCGGGCGUUCUAAAGGAACACUAAAGGCAGUCUUCAGCAAACAAAAAUCAGCGACAGCAUCAUCACCUGCAAGUCGGCAGGCUUCUCAGGCGGAUCCAUGGACUCUAAGCUUCCCGCCCUCUUGGCCCAACGACUGCAACAGCAUCAUCUUGAUCCUCAAGACGUUGAGUCUGGGACAUUUCUAG